AUGGUGAGUUUUGUCCGCAUUAAGCCAACGACCCCGCUCUCAUUGGCCCUGGCCCUGGCUGCCCGCUGCGCUGCUCUUGACCCAAGAGCCAAGAGAUUCAAGCCCGAGAACCCCUCAUCCCCCCUCCUUUAUCGCUGUCGCCCGCGGCUCUAUCUCCAGCGCAGCCCGCAGCCCGCAGCGACCCAAGAAUCCUUCACCUCAUACACGGAGAACCUCCAGAAGUACCUCCGCCUUCCUCAAAAUGGCCAGAUCAUGGUCGAGUACAUCUGGAUCGACAGCGAGGGUGGUGUCCGGUCCAAGUCGAGAACUCUCCCAGAGCUGAAGGAGGGCUACACACCCAAGGACCUCCCGACCUGGAACUUUGACGGUUCGUCGACCGGCCAGGCCCCUGGUGACAACUCCGACGUCUACCUCAAGCCCGUCGCCGUCUUCCCGGAUCCGUUCAGGGGAAAUCCCAACAUCCUUGUCCUGUCCGAGUGCUGGAACGCCGAUGGCACCCCCAACAAGUUCAACCACCGCUACGAGGCGGCCAAGCUGAUGGAGAAGCACGCCGAGCACAUUCCGUGGUUCGGUCUUGAGCAGGAGUACACUCUACUGGAUCUCACCGACCGCCCGUACGGCUGGCCCAAGAACGGCUACCCAGCUCCUCAGGGCCCCUACUACUGCGGUGUCGGCGCUGGCAAGGUCGUCCAGCGUGACAUCGUCGAGGCCCACUACAAGUGCUGCCUGUACGCCAACAUCAAGAUCUCGGGCACCAAUGCCGAGGUCAUGCCCGCUCAGUGGGAGUACCAGGUCGGCCCCUGCGAUGGAAUUGAGAUGGGCGACCACCUCUGGCUCUCUCGCUUCCUCCUUCACCGCGUGGCUGAGGAGUUCGGUGCCAAGGUAUCAUUCGACCCCAAGCCCAUCCCCGGCGACUGGAACGGCGCUGGCCUGCACAGCAACUUCUCGACCAAGGAGAUGCGUGUCGAGGGCGGCAUGAAGUACAUCGAGGCUGCCAUCAAGAAGCUCGAGGGCCGCCACCACGAGCACAUUGCCGUGUACGGCGUGGGCAACGAGAAGCGGCUGACGGGCCGCCACGAGACUGGAUCUAUUGACCAGUUCUCGUACGGUGUCGCCAACCGCGGAGCAUCGAUCCGCAUCCCCAGGGAGUGCGCCGCCAAGGGAUACGGCUACUUUGAGGACCGGAGACCCGCGAGCAACGCCGAUCCUUACCAGAUCACGGGGAUCAUUAUGGAGACGUGCUUCGGCGCCAUUGAGCAGUAA